AUGUCCGUCAUACUAUUUAUUGUACUCAUUGUUAUCAUCAUUGCGUUGUCUGUAGCGCUCUACCAGAAGAUGACAAACGCAAUAUGUACUUCGAGACGAAGACUAGAUGGCAAAACAGUAAUAGUGACUGGAGGAACAGCUGGAAUGGGCCUCCACAUAGCUACAGACCUGGCCCGUAGAGGAGCGAGAGUGAUAGUUGCCUGUCCCUUUGAAGAUGAAGGCACUAACGCUAAGAAACAUAUAGUGAAGGAGACUGGAAACGAUGACGUGGUGUACAAACACCUCGACUUGGGAUCUUUACAAUCAGUGAGACAAUUUGCAGCAGACAUUUUGAAAACUGAAGAUAGACUGGACGUUCUACUAAACAACGCUGGAGUUUUAGUCCCUGGAGACUUCCUGACGUCGGAUGGAAUGAACUUUAUAAUGCAAGUGAACUACUACGGAACAUUCCUACUGACACUACUACUCAUCCCUCUUCUGAAGAAAACUGGUAAGCCUGGUGAAGCGAGCAGGAUCAUAACAACAGCGUCAGUAACACAUCGUGUUGCAAAAAUAGACAUUGAAAAUUUGAAUAAAACCAAUUAUUGGAAAAGAUAUGAGAUUUAUUUCAAUAGUAAGCUAUGUAUCGUUCUAUUUGCCCAUGAACUAUCAAAACGAUUAAAGGGCUCGUACGUCAUAGUUAAUAAUGUAGAUCCAGGAUUCGUUGGUACCAGGAUAUAUGACUCUGCAAACAAAACGUUUGGAUCUAUUGUAACAUCGGCAUCAAAAAUAUUGUUCAAGACCCCAUGGGAGGGCGCACAGACAGCUUUACAUGCUGCGUUAGACAAGAAAGCUGGAAAAGUGAGUGGAGCAUACUUCAUGAAUUGUAAAAGAAUUCAAGCUGCGAAACAAGCGUGUUGUGAUAAAACUGCUAACGUACUUUGGGAAGAGUCAAUAAGAUUAGUAAAAUUAACAGAAGAUGAUGUGGAACAGUUUUUACAGUGA